AUUGACAUCGAUUUCGACGUAACGUGUAAUUCACUGACGUAGCCCCUGCUAUUUAAGCCAUUUGGGCACUGUACAUUAUUUUGAAUAAUAUCAAAAGAUCAUUUAAUAUGCGUAUUUUUAACCAUAUUUCAUAUAUUCUACAGUGCUAUUUUCCAUAGAUAUCUAUUUAUUGUCAUGGACGAAACAUGCGAAAAAUUAUUUUGCAAUGUGCUGACGGCAGAAGAACUACUACGCAGCAAGGGUAUUAGAGGUAGCAUAUUGGAAGAAUGGGAAAGAUCUUUGAAAAUUUUGCCCAAGAGUGGAAAGAAACAUUUUGAGCCUAAUAAUUCUUGGCUCCAAAAUGUUCAGAUUGAAAAAGGACUUAAAAAUCGUAGAGACUUAUUAAAUAUUGAAAGAGUUGAACGUAUCUCAGAAUUAGCCAGUGCUGAAUGGAUACCAUCCCAAAAGAAAGCCCUUGUUACUAAAAGAUCUGGUCAGGAAUGGAAUAAUUUUGGCCUGGAAAAAGAUGGAUCCCUAUAUUUAUUACCAGAAGAAACAUUAUUUCUCGUAGAAACAAAUUGUCUUGAACUUAUUUGGAAUGGCGUACCAUGCUCAGUUCAACAAGCAUAUGAGAUCUUGAUUGAUGACUCAGUAUGUACUUUGGAAGAAUAUAGAGUUUAUAGUCAAUUAACACGCUAUGGCUAUCGUAUACAACGUUUUUUUUAUGAGGAGUCAGAAAAAUGCUAUAGAUCAGAUGAGUUUGCUAAACGGAAAAUUAUUGUUGAUCCUGAGAGUGGACUUAGAAUGUCUGACAAUCAGAGUCAAAACACAGAAAAAUUAAAAGAAACUUUAGUAAAAAGUGUAACAAAAAUAUCAAAUAAAUUAUUGGUUAAUGCUAACACAAAGCAUCAAGAAAAUAUUACAGAAGAGCCUGUGGAUCAAAUAGUACAAGAUGUAAUGGUCCAUCUUUUAUCUAACAUAGAAGACCAAAAAAGUGUAAAUAAUUCAGUUACUUUUGAAUUAAUGGAAAAUAAUAUGAUACAAAGCGAUAUAAAUAACGAAGAAAAUAAUCGAAAUUCUAAACCAGAAAUAAUUUCUGAUGAAACUUUGCUAGGCAAUAUCAAAAUUCUUAAAGACACAAUGUGUAAUUCGAAGAAAAUUAUUAAAGUAUCAAAAUGGCCGGGUGCUCGCAUUCAACGUAAUGUUAAGCAAUUGCCUAAGAGGAGUGAUAAAGUAUUAUCUCCUGACAUUUCUGUAAUCGAUUCUAGUUUCACUAAUGAAAGUCCAAAAGUGGAAAAACGAAAGUUCACGCAAAUUGAUGAGUUGUCACAUGUGAAAAAGUCUAAGCAUGAGGUAAUUGAAUUAUCUGACGAUGAGAUCCAGGAAUUACCUCACUGUAUGACAAGAAUAGAAAUGUUGAACUUGUUACCAAAUAUUGCUUUUCAAACGGAUAUUACAGAGAAAAUUCCCAGGCGAUAUAUACCACACAAUAUAAAGCCUCAGAAGAGCAUUUAUCAAUAUAAUCGGACGAAAAUUUUACACAUGCAAGAGAAUGACAAAAGAGCGCGACAGAAUUGCAAAGAUAUUAGGACAAACGCGAGACAAAAUACGUCACAUUUGAGGAGUCCUGUGGCUGUCAAUAAUAGAAACACUUUUUUCCAUAAUCAACAUUCACGAUCGUCUUUGUGUGGUCCAUCACGACCAUUUUAUGCCAUGGACCAAAUACACGGGACAAACAUCGGUUUACCUUACGCGUAUAGAUACCCCUUUAAUUACAGUCCAGAUCUUUAUGUGCAGAAUAGAAUCACGCAGAACGUAUUUCACAAUUUGUUUGUCGCUUUUGGAAAUAAUGGAAACGCCGUUCAGCAAAGCAGAAGUCUGACUAUACAAAUGAAUAAUUUUGCAAUGCCAAUCGCGCACAUGGAAGGAUACCGGAUGAGACAUUUCUUUGCGGAGAAUCAAUUCCGGCAUGGUUUCUAUCAAAAUUUUUCGUGGCAGCAGAGAUUUUGUCAACGAAGAAUGUCAGAGAAUGCGUCGGUGCAUAACAAUACGCAUUCUGUUGCGAGACGAUACGAUGCCAUUAAUAGAAAUAAUCAGGUUGAUCAUGAGGUAAUUAAUCGUCCUUCUUUUACGACUCGUCAUGGAGCUAAUUCAUGGACGGAAUUAAAAAGGAGAUGGUCUGAAGAAAAAACUAUUACAAUCGACGAUGAAGAUUAUAAAAAUAAGAAUGAAAGUGAUGAAGAAUGCAAUGAAGUGCAAGUCGUAAAACUCAUCAAUCCAUUAAUCGGUCCGAGAAAUGUAUCCUCACUGGCGGAGAUUUUCAGUAAACUUGCUAUAAUAAAAUCAGCACCGGAAAGGACUGUUAGAAGGAAAAAAAACAGACACAAGAUAUCAUACAAUGUGUACUCUUGUGCACAUCAUUAUAGAAAAGCGAAUCCUGGUCAACCGUUGUACAGUUUGGUAGUGAUAAGGAAAGAAGACUCGUUUCUUCAACCUGUCGAGUUGAAUCGCUUGCAACAGGAUGCGAAAGGUUCUCAGAUAAUAUUAGCAUAUGUAUCAAUGUCGAUAUCGUACAUUCAACCAGGUAUUAUAACAAUGCCAAAUAUAAUUUGCAAUUGAAUAUUUCCUCCUGGAAUUUCCUCCUGGAAAUUUCCCCUUUGCAAUUAUUUUGGAACAAAUGAAGGGCAGCGUUUAUCUAUCAAAGGUUGCUUUGUAAAAUCUAUAAAUUUUAUUUUAUCAUAAUAAACUUUUACAUACUUAUAAA